AUAGCUACAGCAUAUACUAUACUGUUACCUUGGCAACACCAACGCGGAUGGUCCGUGACGAAAACAGUUUCGGCUUCCGUUACGUCGGUAAAUACUUCCGGGUCGAACCAAACGAGUUUGGCCCAAACGUACCUGCUUUGAAAGCUCGCCAGAUCAGCAUGAAAUGAGCGUUUUAUCCGUUUUUACAUUUGAAACUAACUGCCAUUUAUUUUAAACGGGUAACUUAAAACUGAGAAGUGAUUCCUGACAGCAUUUAUACCGAACACAAUGGCCGGGCAUUGUGCUCACCACAUGAAAAUGAGAUUAGCCUAAAGGAGCGUGCAAGUACGUGGAACAAGUUGUUUUCUAAGUCAUGGAGCUGGUGCAGAAUGUAAUCAACCAAAGUCAGGGAAGGGACCGUGUUUUCAGAGCAACCCAAUAUGCGUGUGCCCUGUCUGUGUAUGCUCUUGGAAACAACUCCCAGCGAAAGGAGCUUGUGAGCAAACUUAACCGUCUGGAGGCAAACAUGAGCGCUGGACGAAAGUUGUUCAGGCUGGGGAAUGCAAUCAGUGCCAUUGAGGCCGCCAAGCGAACCAUGCGACUCUCUGACCGAGUGCUUUGCCUGUGCCUUACCGCAGCCAACAUCAACCGUGCGCUCUUCUUUAUCUGCGACAACACGCUUUGGGCCGGGAGUGUCGGACUUCUCCGCCUUAUCGACAAGGAACGCUGGAGCGUUAACGCCUCGCGAUUCUACCUCCUCUCGCUCGUCAUGAGCCUGACCAGAGAUGUUUACGUCAUCUCCCAGUUAAUAGUGCAGAGGGCAAGGGAUAAGCACUUCAGGAAGAAAAUGAUUUCACAUCUCAACGAGAGUCCUGAGGUAGCUGAAGUCAUCAUCCCUCAUUUGGAUGCUUUUCUCUUUCUGCUGCUGCAGAGCUUCAAAUCCCACCCGCCCGUCGUAUUGGAUACCAUCAAAAACAUAUGUGAUCUGUCGAUGCCCUUGGACAAGUUGGGUAUCUACCCGUCAAAUGCAGGCAUUGUUUCAUUUUGUGGCCUAGUGUCCUCACUCAUCGGGAUUGUAACCCUCAUACAGCCCAAGUUGAGAAUCAAACCAUAAUGUGCUUUUCCUGGCUCAGACAAGUGUUGAUACCAGAGUUAAAAUGGGUAAAAUUACUGUGUUGCUAAGGUGAGGUGUAAUGGUGAUUUUAUAUGGUUUGCUUAGAGAGCGGACAAUCAUCAGAAUUGAAGGCUUCAAAGGGAGAAUCGGCUGAAAUCCUCAACCAAUUCACCAAACAGAGAAAUACAGACAUAUUGUUAGCGUGUGCUUAGAUGUCAAAACAAAGACAAGUGGCGGUCAAUAAAUAAUCUCUUUGUUGUGAAAAUGAACAGUUUAUGACGCUAAAAACUAGUGUUUCGCUCAAUCCCCUUCAUCCCGCAGACGCAGCAAGCUCUUCUUCCACCAUCCAAUCGCAAAUCCUACUCAGACACCUUCAUGGUCUCGCAGACAGUUGACUAUUAUAAAACUCUUUCAGCAAACUGUGUAACACAACUGCAGGUUCACUACAAAACAUUAUUGCAAUACUAUUAGCAAACAAUCUAGCGACCCUCCAGUCGUGUUAUGCGAAUUGGUGUUAAGAGUUUUACAAGUUUUGACUUUCUGCGAGGCCUUGAAGGUAUCUAAAUGUGAUUGGAUGCACGAGUCGGGGGUGAGGCCAUUGCGACCAAGGCAAAGUCAUUGAAAGAGCUUGUGUUUGGAGGUGAAAGCACACACAGCGAGUUGGCAGUUGUAUAAAAAUGUCAGUGACAUCAUUGAUUAAUCGACUCAACUAUCGGCACCUUAGCGUCGACAACAAAAAAUCGUAGGUCCUUCAACUCCGACAGUAUAUAAGGUCACAUUUACGCUAACUGCAGCUUUUUUAUUUUAUAAAUAAAAGGAGUAUGUCCUCUCUAACUUCACUUCUCUGAUCUGCUCUGUGAUACAGUGGUGUCAAAAAGAUGAUGAAAUACAUCGUGCCAAAAGUGCCUCCACAAGUUAGUAUUGAGGAUCCGGUCUCAAAUGUAAUUUGGAGCAGACCCAGAAAAGCAAUUAGUAAUUAGUCAUUCCAGAUUCUCUUUUUCUGAACUUUUACCUGAUUUAGUAAAGUUUGUCUUAACACUGUGUUAGUGUUGUUUAAUAAAUGUGUAAAUUACUUUUAAAAGAUGGAAAGGAAAAUUCAGUAAAAUGACUAACAAUUUUUUAUUUAAAGGAAGCCUUCGAAAGGUAUUUUGUCUCAUUCACACAUGGACGUCUCCAUAAAUGUCACACUGUCCACGUACUGCAUUGAAAAUAACUUUAUUUGCAAUUUUUCAUGAGACAACAAUACAUUUGUUUUCCUGAAAGCUUUUUCUUUUCUCAUGAGGAUGACAUUUGCAUAACACACUCGCCAUCAAAAAUUGCAAAAAUAUAUUCCAUUUCCCUUUCACCAUACUUGCAGGUUUUACUGUAGAAAGAAAACAAAUGACUAUGCAAAGAGAAAUCCCGUGAAAGAACAACAAAAUAACAUACAGAAAUAAAUAAGACAUUUGUUCUCCUCGGUAGAUCAUUUGCAGGGAUUUACGAUAGACAAAAUAUUUAACUUCACAUUUCAUUGUGUCAAUGUCAUUCCAGUACCAAAAAAGCACACCUGUAACCAAUGUGGAGAAAACUAAAGCGUUUCCUAGGCAGAAAUAACAAAACUCAGGGCUCAUUCUAUUGUUUUGAAAAUGUAUGUAUGCUAAUUCCUUACAUUAGUCACUGUAUAACAUUUGUUUUAAAUGCUGGAAGGCUUCUCUCUAAACCUGGUGCUCUUAUUGCAUUUGACAAGGCAUCUGAUAUUAACUUCAGUACUCAACAACAUAGCACUUUUAUAGUGGCAACAGUGUGAAACUACAGACCCAAGUUCUUGAAUUUCCUUGUCAAUGAAAAGGCACCUUUUGUAUUGUGCUGCUGAGGAGUAAUUAAAAAAAAAAAAAAAAACAUUCCUUCAUCAGUUCUCACAAAACCAACAUGGUACAAUCUUGGAUUCUCUUAUAAUUACUGAGUAAUCUUGCACUUUAAUUACACAUGUAUUGAACUAAAUUUCCUUGAGUGGUUGAUGGAAAUGAUGAUUUCCUCUUAGUUUUGCGUCAAAUGUGUAAGUACCAUUCUGUUUUGAAUGAAAAACAUUUUGUGGAAUAUUAAUAAAUUGUCUUCUGAGCUGACUGUA